AUGGACAAAAAACAGAAUAAAUCACCGUCACCGCCGUCACCACCACUUAACAAUAGAGCAUUUUUUCGUUUUCAACCUCCAUUACAACCGAAACCACCGAUAAUGACUGAAGGAGAAAACGAAAUGUUGAACAAAUUACAAGGAUUUGAAUAUAUACCGCAAGAAGAAAUAGGGAAAAGCAUAUGUCGUCACUGCUUAAACGACUUGACACAUGCUGGGUGGUGUGGAGGAUGUGAGCAACGUGAAUUUGUAAGAAAUUGGCAGAAAUGGGAUAGCGGGAGUCCCGAAGUGAAUUCAAUAAUUGAGGAUACGCAAUUCAAAACAAAAAAUAUGUUUACGUUUCUGGAAUGGAUUCCGCCCAAAAAAAUAUACCGUAUUCCUGGCAUUGUUGGUACUGGUGGAACUGGCAUCGUGACGGCAGCUUUGUGGAUGGAUGGACCAAGGAAGUCGGUUCAGAGGGAAUGUAAUCCGCGGUCUGGACCUACGAAUGUAGCGUUGAAAGCUUUUAAGAAUCAAAAAUAUUUUAUUAAAGAGCUUACUGCGAUAAAACAAUGGUUACUGCAUUUUAAUGAGUUUGCUGAAGAAGAUUUUGAGCGAGCGUUGAAAUAUGUUAUACGAUGCUAUGGAGUCACAUUUAAUCCAACGACUUCAUCAUAUGAAUUAGUAUUUCAAUUAGUAAAGGAUGGGACAUUGAGAGAAUACUUGGACACAAAAUGGACAUUAUUAUCAUGGCCAGAGAAACUUCGACUCACGAAAGAUCUCGCACUAGCACUCCAACUAUUUCACAAACGAAAUUUAGUCCACGGCGACUUACAUUCUGGUAACAUUCUAAUGAACAACAACGUACCGGUAAUUAUCGAUCUGGCACAAUGUCGCACGGCAGAAUCCUCGAAAUCCGAAAGGCCCCCGUUUGGUCUAGUCCCGUAUGUAGCACCCGAAGUCUGGUGUCGAGCACCAUAUACAACAGCCGCGGACAUUUACAGUUUCGCCGUGAUAAUGUUUGAACUUGCGACCGGGUGUCGUCCGUUUGGCGGGACAGCACACGGUGCAAAUCUAAGACAUGCAGUGAUUCAAGGCAAGCGGCCGACUAUCGCUUAUGGGUCGGGAAUCCCGAAUCGAUAUGUUGAUUUGAUAUAUAAUAAUUGGGGUCAUGAUCCUGAGAAACGGCAUACCGUCGACCAGAUUUUGAUUGACAUUUGUAGAUGGUAUGGCGCGUUACUGAAGAAAAACGAUUUCGAGAUUAUGGAGGAUUUCUAUAAGGCGGAGAGUCGUAGGGUUAAAAUGCUUGCGGACAGUGAACAAACAUUGUUGCAUAUUCUUGGUGGGCAUCCGCAGGCCACUUAUACUAGUAGAUUGUUAGAUGAUACCACACUUCGUAGAUAA